UUGGAAAGCGGAGGAGCCCAUAAAGUCAUGACGUAUUUCGCAAAGCGUUCGCCGCUUUUCUUCCAAGAAUGCCGGAGAUUCCCUAAAUUCUUCAGGAAAUGACUUCAGUUUCUUAGAACCAAUACUAGAUCACACUUUCAAUAUCUAAGAGUACUAAAAAGGACAUACUUCUUUCGGUCUCAAUAAAUAUUUCGUUCUAAUAUGAAGCGAAAGUAAAGCGAGCCUUCACUAGAAAUCGAUUUCAAAAAAUUGUGAUCAUUGAAAUCAAGAAAUAAUUAAGAAAAGCUGUGUUCUUAUUAGUUUCGAAGACAUAACUUUCGUAAAAAAAAAAAUGUCAGCUAAUACCGUCAGUGAUUUAGAAAGAUCAAGAAGGUUUAUAUGUUAUGGUUCAGAUUCUGGUUUACUUACUGUUGGAAAUGUGCCUCCAUCACGAGAAAAAGCAUCAUCAAUUGGUCGUCUGAUAGAUGAUGGAAAAGGCGAAGAGGUAGUGAAACAAAUAAGUACCUGUUUUGGAGAAAAUAAAUACAAUUACAAACCGCCUUUAAUCUUUGCCCUGGCAUAUUGCUUUAAAUCUACCGAUAAUAAAACAAAACAGGCAGCAUGCAAAGCAUUUGCAGAUAUAUGUUUGGAACCAACAGAUUUAUUUCACUUUGUUGAAUACUCCAAACAGAUGUCAGAUCAACACAAGGGAUGGGGGCGAUCUUUACGGACACUUAUCAGCAACUGGUACAAUCGUAAAGAACCAAUAGAACUGUUGGAUUUGGUAACAAGAUUUAAAUCUGGUUGUUCAUGGUCACAUGUUGAUGUUUUGCGACUUAGUCAUACCAACCCAGCCAAAGAUGAAACAGCCAUUAUCAUAAAAUAUUUGAUGAAAGGUUUAGCUGAUGCUAAAAAAUUGGCAACUGAAAAAAAAUGUCCUUUAGCUGACCAAAUUAUUAAAUAUAUUGAGGCAGUUGACAUAGUAAAACACUCAACAGAUGAACAUCAGAUUUCUUGUCUUAUUGAACAGUUUAAUCUGAAGAAAGAACAUGUCCCUACUAAAAUGCAAAACUCGUGUGAAAUCUGGUCAGCCUUAUUGAACAAUAUUUCGAUAGUAGAUGUUCUACUAAAUGUCAGUAAGUUGGCAGGACUUGGUGUUUUAAAUAAUGGACAUCAUUUACUCCCAGCUCUUAUAGCAAGAUUAAGUGAUGAGAAUGUAUUAAAAGAAUAUGGUGUUGCUCCUAUAUCAGUGCUUAUUGCUUUAAGGAAUUAUGAACAAGGUAAAGGUAAAUUGAAGUGGCCUAGAAAUGAGAUUGUUGCUAAUGCAUUAAAUACAGCUUUCUAUAAAGCUAUUAAGAAUAAUGUAAUACCAACAAAGAAGAGAAUUUUAAUAGCUAUUAAGAUAGGGUAUGGCUUAACAAUCAGUUCCGUACGUGGUACGUUAACUUUAUCAUCAAUGAUAGCAGCCGCUGGAGUAGCAACAAUGUUUGUGCAGUCUGAAGAAACUGCAUCUCUGGUAUAUUUUUCAUCGGCAGUCAAGCCAUUAGUAACAAAUAAACAGAUGGAUAUAGAAAAGACUUGUGAUGCCAUUGCUCAGGCGGCUUUACCUGAAAUACCUGUUCUGGCUUGUGAUGUGUCUGCACCAAUACGUUGGGCUCAAGAAACAAAACAAAGCUAUGAUGCUUUUAUAAUACUCACAGAUAGCAAAGAUUCAACAGGGGUGAUAACUCCAUCAUCAGCUCUACAGAAAUAUCGCCAAGAAAUGAAACUGCCUAAAUCCAAAUUAGUCAUAUGUGGAUUGACAGCGAAGCAUCUUCGCUUUGCCGACCCUAAUGAUUCAGGAAUGCUGGAUAUCGCAGGAUUUGAUGCCAUGGUGCCUAAAACUAUUUCUAAUUUCCUUAGUGAUAAUUGAGAAUUAGCAAUAUUUUUGAUGAGUGUGAUAAUUAGUAAAUUUGUUAUUACCUUUCAAUUGCUCAUGCUUUAUGAACUGCAAAGUGUGCAUGAGUGGUAUGCUUAAAGUUUUUGGAGCAAAAAGACUUGUUCAUUGUGAUAUGCUUUCACCAUAGCAGUGUUUUUAAAUGGACAGUGCCAAGAAUUUUCAUUUUUCAACCACACACAAGAGAUCCAAUUUUUACUGCAUUAUGCAAAAAAGUUACCCAAUUUACCAAUUGGUUUAAAUAUAAAACUUUUUUUUAUACAAAAUGUGGUUGUGUUAAUGGAUGAGAUUAAAUGUACAAAUUUUAAAUGGAUUAGAAAGGUAAUAGAGAUUAGUUUGAAUAUUGGUAAUAAAAUGGAUCAUUAGGGCCUUUAAUGUGAUAAAAAUUUGGCACCGAACCUUUAAAUUUGUUAAAAUGAAGAAUAUUACAUUUCCAUGAAUUUAUGAGAGAGAGUUGAAAACAAAAGUUUUUUUUGUUUUUACUGAAAUCUUAUUUUCGAUUAUUUUUAAUAAGUUUACUGACCAAUCCUAAAUAAAUUCCAAGUUUUAUGAAGAAGUUUUGAAAGUGAAGUCGGCACCAUGUAUAUUUAAUAUUAUAUCUGUGGCUAUUAUAAUUGUUUGUGUUUUAAUUUCAAGUCAAUAUUACUAUAAUAUGUUAGCCUAUUUACAACUAACAUUUAUUAUAAUCUGAUUGUUACAAGUUUAGUUAAUGAUUUAUUUGUACCAGUAGGUAUUAAGCUGCUUAUUUAAUGAUAAGGGUUUGUAAUAGCAAAAUGAAACAAACGCCUUGAUUUGGGUCAAACUUGUUGAUUUAAUUAGAUUUUAAGGGUUGAUUUGUUUUGAUUUCUGUAAUGUAGAUGCAGCCAGGGUUCAGAUACAACCAAUGUUGUGUGCCACUGUUGACACAGAGAACUAGAAUUGAAACUAAACUUAAGAUACAAGUCAACCUCCACUUUAUCUUUCGAAACAAAGAUUUAAAUUCAUAAAGUUUUCUCCAUCACUUAUCAAAAUAACAUUUCAGAUCAACCCAAUUCAAUAAUUUAUUUGAGCUAAAUUGAAGAGGUUUAGCCCAGUUUAGCCAGUGUAAGAUAAGAAUUGUGACAGUUAAUUGAUUUGAUAAAUCCAAAUUUGUUAUUCCAAGCAAUAAAAAGUACAAGAAGAAAUGUUUAAAACAAGAUUCACAUAUCUCUAAAUGUCCGAAUGAGUAGAUUCCAAGAUGACUAUUCCAAGAUGACUAUCUCAGUUUAAGAGGACACGGCUGUCUGUUUUAUUUAUGUUUUUUAAAAAUUACUUUCUAUUUCAUCCUCGUUACUCUAAUGAAAGAGAGUGAAGGAAGUCUUACGGAAGAUUUCAUGUAAAUUCUGCACAAGGUGCUAGAGAUUGGUUUAUUAAUUUGAAUCACUUGAUUUCUAUAAUACCCAUGUCCCAUACCGGACAGACUGUAUUAUAUGAUAUCUCCUGGAAUCAGUCAUUCUGAUUACUAUCUCAUUUUAAAAAUCACUGAUUACCGGUACUAAAAAUGUCAUACUUGUUUUUUAUAUCUAAUUUUUUUACUUAAUCUAUUUAUGAUAUAAAAAAAACCUCUUAUAUAUUGUGAUACUCAUAAGAUAUUGAAAAAUACAAUUUUGUAAAUUGGAAGAUUAUUCCUUAAAUAUAUAAAUGAUGAUUUUGGUUUAAAUAACAGAUCUUAUUAUAGUCUGUAUUCUUAUGUUUGGUAACAAUAAACAGCUUAUGCUUAAUAAAA